CCGUCAGCAAAAACCCUCGAGAAAUCCCAAAAGCCCUAAAAAAAGCCUAAAACCCCAACGCUCAAAUCUCCGCCACACUGCGAGUAGUGAAGGCUCUGAAGCCAAACAUCCAUCUCUCUCUCUCUCUCUGUUUCUUCUUCUUCCUCCUCUGCAUUUCAAUGGCUGCGGUCGCUCUCAGAAACCCUAGCUCCAAGCGCAUCCUCCCCUACUCCUCGCAAUUCUACUUGUGCAGCCGAGGAUCGAUCGCCGCCGCCGGUUCUCCAAUCUCCGACUCCACCUUCGGAAAUGACCGAUCUUGUAGCCCUUGUCCUUGGUGGCGAUCCAUGGCCACCUUCACACGCACAAAACCUCAUGUGAAUGUUGGAACAAUUGGACACGUCGAUCAUGGAAAAACAACGCUGACUGCAGCAAUUACAAAGGUACUGGCAGAAGAAGGGAAAGCUAAGGCCGUGGCCUUUGAUGAAAUUGAUAAGGCCCCUGAGGAGAAAAAGAGAGGAAUUACAAUUGCGACGGCUCAUGUAGAAUACGAGACUGUUAAGCGCCAUUACGCACAUGUGGACUGCCCAGGACAUGCAGAUUAUGUCAAAAACAUGAUUACUGGAGCUGCCCAAAUGGAUGGAGGUAUUCUGGUCGUCUCUGCUCCUGAUGGGCCUAUGCCACAAACAAAGGAACACAUUCUGCUCGCCCGCCAAGUUGGUGUGCCAUCACUUGUAUGUUUUCUCAAUAAAGUUGAUGCUGUUGAUGAUCCAGAGUUGAUAGAGCUGGUUGAAAUGGAGCUCCGUGAGCUUCUUAGCUUCUACAAGUUCCCUGGGGAUGAAAUCCCUAUCGUCCGGGGUUCGGCUCUAUCGGCUUUACAAGGCACAAAUGAUGAGAUUGGCAAAAAAGCAAUCUUAAAAUUAAUGGAAUCUGUGGAUGAGUACAUUCCUGACCCUGUACGCCAGCUUGACAAACCCUUCCUGAUGCCAAUUGAAGAUGUUUUCUCAAUUCAAGGUCGUGGAACUGUUGCCACUGGCCGUGUUGAACAAGGGACCAUUAAAGUUGGUGAGGAAGUUGAGAUUCUGGGGUUACAUCAGGGUGCUCCUUUGAAAACAGUGGUGACCGGUGUUGAGAUGUUCAAGAAAAUCUUGGAUCAUGGGCAAGCUGGUGAUAAUGUCGGUCUUCUUCUUAGAGGUCUAAAGAGGGAAGAUAUCCAACGAGGACAGGUAAUUGCUAAGCCAGGAACCGUGAAGACACACAAGAGGUUUGAAGCAGAGAUAUACGUCCUCACAAAGGAUGAAGGUGGACGCCACACAGCCUUUUUCUCAAACUACAGGCCUCAGUUUUAUAUGAGGACAGCAGAUAUCACUGGAAAGGUAGAAUUGCCCGAAAAUGUUAAGAUGGUUAUGCCAGGAGACAACGUGACUGCAGUUUUUGAGCUGAUUCAGCCGGUUCCUCUUGAACAAGGACAAAGAUUUGCCUUGAGGGAGGGAGGAAGAACAGUUGGUGCAGGAGUUGUUUCCAAAGUACUUUGAGAAUGAAGGUUUCCCGGUCCUGGAUCCUUUGAUCACUUUCUGUAUGCACAUUCAUGGAAAACGGCGCGGGGAAACAAAGAACACUUCACUUAGAGAAGCAUGACAUGUCAUAAUUGCUUACACAAUCCGCAUUUUAUGCGUUUGUUCUAGGUUUUGUCGAUGAGAUUGUUCGGUGUUAGAGUGAACAGAGUCAAUUGAGUAAAUUCGGCACCUUUGCGUCCCAUUAGUUUCUCUGUUCCCAAGGCUGGCAAUAAUUUUAACAUGGUUAGUUUGUUCAAGCA